GCCGAUGGUGGCGGUGGGAGACAGAUAAACAUGGAGGCCAUCUUUCACGAGAGGCAAGAAGGUUCUCUGUGUGCCCAACACUGUUUGAAUAACUUACUGCAAGGAGAAUAUUUCAGUCCUGUAGAACUCUCUUCUAUUGCACAGCAGUUAGAUGAAGAAGAGAGAAUAAGAAUGGCAGAGGGAGGAGUUUCGAGUGAAGAAUAUAGAACAUUUUUACAGCAGCCUUCAGGAAACAUGGAUGAUAGUGGUUUCUUCUCAAUUCAAGUUAUAAGCAAUGCCUUGAAAGUUUGGGGUUUAGAACUAAUCCUCUUCAACAGCCCAGAGUAUCAGAGGCUCGGGAUCGAUCCUAUAAAUGAAAGAUCUUUUAUUUGUAACUAUAAAGAACACUGGUUUACGGUUCGAAAAUUAGGGAAACAGUGGUUCAACUUGAACUCUCUCUUGACCGGUCCAGAACUAAUAUCUGAUACUUACCUUGCACUUUUCCUGGCCCAGCUACAACAGGAAGGUUAUUCAAUAUUUGUUGUAAAAGGCGACUUACCAGAUUGUGAAGCUGAUCAAUUACUGCAAAUGAUUCGGGUGCAGCAAAUCCAGAGGCCAAAAUUAAUUGGGGAAGAGACACUACAAUCAAGAGAUCAGAGGGUGCAAAAAACAGACUUGGAACAAGCACUAGAUGUUAACCAACACGUUGAUAGUACAGUCAUGUUAGAUGAAGAUGAAGAAAAUUUCCAAAAAGCACUUGCACUAAGUAGACAGGAAAUUGAUAUGGAAGAUGAAGAAGCAGAUCUCCGGAGGGCUAUUCAGCUUAGUAUGCAAGGAGAACAUCGAAGUGGCUUCUCAGAUUAUUGCCCACAGAACAUUCCACAUUCAUCUGCAACAGGCCAAACUGAAUCUCUCCCAUCAGAAGAAUUGCGGCGGCGAAGACAGGCCUAUUUUGAAAAACAGCAGCAGCUACAACAGCAAGUUCAGAUUCCACAAUUCCAUGAUGAACGAGCUACAAGUUCAAACACACUAGUUAAUGACACAGGAGUUGAUAUGAGUGAAAAUGAUAUGCUUCAAGCCGCUAUGAAUAUGUCCUUGGAAACCGUUAGAAACAGCUUGAAUACAGAAGAAAAGAAAUGACAAAUACUUGUAUUUAUUCUAAUCUGAACACUACAUUCUGUAUUAAUUCUGUGUGGGUGGCAUAAAGGUAGGGUUCAUUUCAUUGAUGUACCAAAGCAAGAUACAAUCUUGAAAUUUCAGGCUAAGGAUCAGAAUUAAAAGACAAUUUGCUUAUUAUAAAUAAAAUCUCAUUAGUUUAUAGUUAUACUGUUGACCUUAUGGGUAGUUCUAAUUCAAUCAGAAGAACUGUACAUGAGAAAAGGGGUAUGAAUAUACCAUAAAAUCUCAUCCAAUAUUUUCCUGAUCCAUAGAUAGAUCUUUGUAUGGGGAACAGCCCUCUCAGUUCUUGUAGAUUUUGUUCUUAACAGCAAGACCAGACACUCACAUGAUUAUGCAACAAGGCCUUGGAACUUUGCUAAAUAAGAUUAUGUGACAUCUAAAACUUUGUAGUUUCACAUAUAUGCUCAAAGGCAUUCUAAGUACCAUGUUUAGAGUGCACUUCCAAGGUUCCAGAAUAACAGGCUGAAUACAAUACAAAUCACCUUUCACUUUUGAGAGAUAUUUGAAUUACAUUAUAAAUCAGCAGUACUAAUAUUUGUUAUCCUUUCAAAUAAGAACCACUUAUAAUCCAUCUGAUUUAAUGUUUUAUUAAUAUUUACAAAAAGGUCUCUUUAAUUCCAGAAUAUAAUCAGUUAACAACAUUUUGACUAAGAAUAGCAAGAGAUUUGCAGACCAUCAAGCCUAUUUUGGAAGACUUUAAACCAUAUAGAUAAUGAUAGAGUGUUAUAAACAUCAUCAUGAAAUGGAACAUCCUGCUUUUCUUCUCCUGCUCCUCCAGAUCUGCUUCAAAGCAUUCCAAUCUUCCAAAGCUGAUUUGAUGGGCACACAGGAGGAACCCACUCCAAUAGCAGACUCAAGACUUAUUCCUUUUUUUGCUCUAGAGAAGAAAAAUGCCUUUAGUAUUCUUUACUAAAUGUUGGGCAAUCCUGGCUAUGAUGCACUGAUCUAGCAUAUAUAUUCAGCCAACACCUAGAAUCUGAUUAACUGAGGUCAAAAUGAUGGAUAUAGUUGAUAAAUGUUACUGUAAUUCUUAUUUCAGCUCGAUAUUAAUAUUUUAUUUUAUCCUCUCCUGUUGGAUAUUUUUAUAACUAUUAAUACUAGCAAGCUGAACAUAAGUUGUGUUGUACUGAGUCAACCUAUUGGUCCAUUUAGGUUAGAACUAUCUACUCUGAUUGGCAGUGAUUCUCCAGUGUCUCAAGCAAGAAUCUGGUCCCUGAAUUGCUUUUAAUGGGACAUACUUGGAAUUAAACCUGGGACUUCUGCAUGCAAAGCAUGUGCUCUGCCACUGAGCUAUAUUCUUUCCAAAAUUCCAGAUUAAUUUUGGAAUGAGGAAAUUAAGGAAAGAUUUUGAUGCCAUGACUUCAGUGCCACAUUAUUAACGUGCACAACUACCAUCUGAAGUGAACCCCACACGGUUACUUAUGUGUUAAAAAUGGAUAUACAUAAAUGAAUGUGUAUGAGUAUGUAUUUUAUCAGAUGUUAAUGAAUGUCUUCUUGUAACAGAUUUGCAGCUUAUCAUGAAUGGUCUUCAUUCAUGCACCUUACUGUUUAUUCUGUUUCUGUUACCAAGGGAAACUGGGAAGCAAAUUCUGUAAGCUAGUUUUAUUCUAAUAGUGGAAUAUACAUUUGAUAUAAAAAUUAUUAUUGCAGGAUGACUGAAUUUGGCAUUCUGUAUUAGAAAAUAGUUUUCUUUUUUGUAAAUGGUGCUUUAAGCAUAUAUUCUGUUUACAUAUACAUAUUAAGACUAUAGUUUUGGAUACAGGCUAUAUACUCAUUAAACCUAUGGGCACUUGCCAGAAACACAAAAAAAAUCUUGUGAAAUUUAUUAGAUUUUGCUAAUUAUUUUAAAAUUAUUAUACUGCACCAUGUUGAUGUGUCAUCCCCUGCUACUGAAUGAUAAGUAACUGUAUGCGGAUAUAUGGUACUAUAAAAGAAUAAUACAAUAUUAAAAUUGAUUUUGAUAAUAUUUGUUUACAAAAAAAUUCUUUAAGUGGAUAGUUGAAUAUGGGAACCAAAUGCCACCUUAUUUUCAUGCUUCAUAUGUUGUUGAUUUCUGUGAAACUGUUGCAGAAGUAGAGGCACUGGGGUUUGGGCCAGGGAUAAAUACUAUAAAAGUGUAUCUAGCUUUGCCAGUCAAUAAACUGAAGGGUAGCUAUGUUUGGAUCUAUCUAAUUUAUUUAUUAAGAGAAAAUUAGCUUACCAUAUUUAAUGCAUGUUGUUUGGGGGGGGGGAAACAGCAUUAGUUACAUAAAGCUGUGUGCAUUCACUUUAAUUUAAUUAUGUUUAAACUAUUACUUGAAAACAAAUAUAUGAAAAGAUGUAUAGAAGCCAUGAAAUGAAAUCAUACUAGUCUGUAAAAAUCAUAGUUUUAUUUUUUUAUUACUUUUCCAAUAAAUUGUGUCCUUCUGGACAAGCUGAAUCUA